UUCAUUCUCCAUUUAGGAGGCUUUCCCCUUUUGUCACUUUCCACAUAAACCUGGAGGCAUUAACCAUAGACUUCCUUCUUUUAAAUUCCUCAUUCUCUUUCCCACGCAGACACUCUUCCUCUAAAUUCUGUUUCACCAACCUCUUACAGGCAUGAGCAAGGGACAGAGAGCGUGUUAUCUGAAAGACUGAAACUAAUAAAAUUGAAAUUUGGGAGUUACAUUCAGACUGCAAUUAAAAAAUGCCUGAAGAUCAGUUAAGCAGACGUACUAUUAAAUCACAUGGAGCUAAAGUUGCAAGGAGACAUAUGCAGGACUGGUUGAUUCUUUUGCUUCUUGCUAUCAUUGAUGCUAUCUUGAAUGUGAUAGAGCCAUUUCACCGUUUUGUUGGACAGGGGAUGAUGACCGACCUAAGUUACCCAUUGAAAGACAAUACUAUACCCUUUUGGGCUGUACCAAUAGUAGCAAUAUUGUUGCCAAUAGUCUUCAUUCUUGUUUACUAUUUCUUCCGAAAGGAUGUUUAUGACUUCCACCAUGCUAUUCUGGGCCUUUUAUUCUCUGUACUCAUUACUGCGGUGAUAACCGAUGCUAUCAAAGAUGGUGUGGGACGGCCACGCCCAGACUUCUUCUGGCGUUGUUUCCCUGAUGGGAAAGGGGAGUUUGAUCCAGUAACAACGGAUGUCAGAUGUACAGGAGACAAGGCUGUUAUUAGAGAAGGGCACAAAAGUUUUCCGAGUGGACAUACCUCUUGUAAGUACUAAGAACAACCUCGGGUU